AUGGACGGACAGAGCCAGAAGGAACAAAAGAAAAAGGGUCUUUUAAAUGAUUUUGAACCUACCCCAGGACCUCCCAGGACAGGUAAUGACAAUGAUGACACUGCGAACCCGUUUGAUACAUUCAAUGCGACUUCAGCCAUUCGCGAGGAGAUGGCUGCUACCAAGGAGCGCGAUGAACAGGAGCGCAAAGCUCGUGAGCGACAGAAUAUCCUAGAGAAAAGAGCGGCACGGAGGAAAUCAAUGGCGAAUCGGCGGGUAUCCUUUGCUCCUGAGGCGACCCUGCACACCUGGAACGUGGUGGAAAUUCCAGACGACUCAACUUCCUCCUCUGCCGCGAACUCAACAAGACACUCAUCUGCUGCCGCAAACUCCCAGAACCAAUCUGCCCCUAUCUCACCCACCAAAGAUGCUCCAUCUUCGCCAGCAGAGUCGGAAUUCGGAUUCUCCCCUGUCCGCACACAAGAUCUGGACCAGAUAAGAGAUCGCCCAUCAUCUAGGGGUGACAACGAUGGUCACGAUUUAUCGUCUAGUCCUUUCAGCGGAAGCUCGGUAGGAAGCGAAGACACUGGCACCCAAAGCCUGGCCGGAGAAGAGGACGAUGACAAUGCUUCAGACUCCGACGAUGGGUUUGAUGCCGAGAGUACUGCAAUGAGCAUGGAUGAUGUGACCGCGCGCUCAGGAAUGAGUGUCCAAUCAGACGCAACUUCUAGCUCAAGCUCUAGUGCCAGACUCAAUGAAGCUCUGCGCCAGGCCGCAAAGGAAGCAGGAACCGAACUUGAUGAAGACGGAGAGAUGUCUAUGGAAAUUGCGGAUCAAGAAAUAACCGGUGCUUUCCAGCCGUGGAUAAAAAAGGGCCAAAGACAAAGCUUUGAUUGGGGAGAUAUUAGCGCUCGACAUGAUGAGGAGAACCUCGACCCAUCUAAGGAUGCCAAUACUCCAGGUUUACCAGAAUCAGAUGACAUCGACGAGGACGAAGACCUCAGCAUGGACGUGACGAAUGCCGUAGGACGCAUUCUUGGCAAGUCUUCUGGGCAUCGCCAGAGCACGGCUCGCCGCCAGUCUGUGGCCGAAGAAUCCAACUACGGAGAUCAAACUAUGGAGAUGACAAAUGUUGUCGGUGGUAUCGCACAGGAGAAUUCACCAUCAAAGUUUUCAGAGAUUGACAACGAAGAUGAAGGAAUGACAAUGGAAUUCACUUCGGCCAUUGGCAAAAUCUUGGGUAACCAGCCUACUUAUGCCUCCAACUCUGAUCACAUGAACUCUGAUCGAGACAAUGACUCUGACGAUGGUAUGGACAUGGAGAUGACCAGUGCGAUUGGUGGUAUCCUACAGUCAGGGAUUGAAGCCAACGACAAAGUGCAUGGAAGGAUGAUAAUGGAGCUCGAAACCGACUCAGGUCAGCUUGCUAGCUCGCCUUUUCAAGACAACGUUCGGCAAUCUCCUGCCAAGUCCCCUGCGAAAUCACCUCUUCGUUAUCAAAUUGCUGCUGUUGCAUCCGAAAAUGGGAGCCCCAGUUUGGCAACUGUGCGGGCUAGGCUUUCCCGGCGUAGCUUCACUCCAGGAUCGUCGGGGACGCCAGGGUCAUCCGGCCGGCAACGUUCACCACACGCGAAGCCAUUAACUCCGUCCAAGCAGUCUACCCCCCAAACGAAACCCAUCACCCCAAGCAAGACACCCCCCUCCAGCAAUGUUACUUUUAGGAGUGCUUCACCAAGAAAGCUCUUCCAGCCCGAGCUCCAGCAAUCAGCAGAUAAACGCAAGUCUCUACGUCAAAGCCUGUUUGAGCACAACAAAGCAACAGGAGAGUCGACCCCACUCUUCAGAUUGCAACCACGCGAGGUUCGUCGCUCUUCUGGUCUAGGUAUUGACAAAGAAGGUCUUGGAUCUCCUCGCGUGGCGGCCUUACUCGACAAGCGCCAGUCGCUUGGCGAUAGUACACCCCAGUUCGUUCCGCAAGAACAGCCCCGAUCAGGUGUACGAUUCGAGGAUCCUCUGCAACUGCAGGCAGAGGAAGAACGUGAACGUGAAGAAGAGGAACUCCGAGAGGGUGGCCACAUCACAGGCUUGCAGUCAGAUCGGGACGCGACCCCAAGCUUGAAGGAUAUGAUUUCAAACAUGAGCCCGAAGAAGACUAGGAUUGGCAGUCGCAAGAGUCUUCAUGUUGGGGCUGCUCGUGGGGUUCUGGGCAAGCGCCCAGUUGAGCUGGACUUGGAUGAAGAUGAAGUAGACAACUCGCCCAAGCGACUGCGUGGCCAUAAUGUCAGCCCAGUCAAAGGUGUGAAGUUGCCAACACCUAUGUUCAGGGAAGGACAUGCCCAUCAGACAAUGAUUUCACCCGCCCAAAGAGCUGCUAGCUCAUCGCCCCCCAAGGGUAGCACGACGCCUUCCCAGCAAUUACGGAGUGCUUCCCAGAUCUCGACAACUCCUCUCAAGCAUGGCAUUGAUGCCCUUCAUAUUGCUUCUGAUCCUCAACAGCCAGAAGAAGAAGAAAAAAUUUCUGUCGAACAACCCCCUGUGGAAGUUGAGUCUAUUCAGUUACAGGAAUUCCUGAAAAUGACCAACAUUCACUUUAUGGAACUCACUACUACAAAACGGCGACACACAACUGCCCCUGGCAGUGCCAUCAAGAAGCUGACACGACCGUCUAGCGAGAAUAUACCUAAAUUAGGCUCCAUAACAUUUGAAGAUUGUGUGGCAGCUGGCUUUUGUACUGUUCCAAUGCUUGAAUUGUACCAGCAUUCAUGCCGGGAGUUGAAAUCCUAUAUUUCUGAAGGUCGGCAAGUGAUCCGCUCUAUUGAGGCAGAAACAUAUGCCGAGAAUCCUGCUCUUUUCAAGGAGUAUGUCACCGCUCCGCCGGAUAUCCGAGUGAUCAUGGAUAAUCAAUUCCGAAAUGUCAAGACCCAUGCUCGUCUGCUGAGCAAAGCUACAUGGUACGAGUGGCGGAUGAAGUUGCUUGAGGGGUUGAAGGAAGGGCUCAUCCGCCACGCGGAAGAAAUGAAAGCAGACGAUAAUCUGCUAUCUGAGCGAGAAGAUUUGCUUAACCGGAACGUUCCACUGCUCGUGGAGAAGCACGCUUCUCUCGAGCAAGAGGCAACAACCCUACAACAGUUGGUGGAAGAGAUGGACAACUGUGAUCAAGAUGAGCUGCGCAGUGCGCGCAGCAAGUUGUCUGAAGUGGACUCCGAGAUUGCAGCUAAGAGACGCGAACUUGAGCGGUUGCAGGCGGAGGUCCAGGAGAAAACCACCUUCAUCGAAGCUGGAGCCGAAAUGCGGCAUGAAUACCUGGCUCAAAUCCAGGAGGCAGAGCGUAUGAAGGAAGAGUGCCGUGGCUGGAGUGCCCGGGAGAUCAAUGAAUUGAAGACCUCUGUCCAACGAAUUCAGCAACAAACUGGUUGGUCGAUCGUUUCGGCUUCAACUCCUUCAGAUGCCUCGGAGGGACCUUUACUAAAGAUGGCUUACCGGGACCAGCUCCAACUAGAGUUCUAUCCUGGAGCUUUUGCCUCCAAAAAUAGCGGCCAGAAAGAGGGAAAGAACUACCCGAUGGAACUGACUUCCCAAAAGAAUGUUUACAUUUCUGCCAUUGCAUCAUUGGUCCUUCACUCGCUACAGCACCACCUGGCUACCAUCCAGCAAUCUACUGUCUCACCUAAGCAGCUUUUGUGCUUUAUUUCUAGCGCAUGGGACCGCACAGUUGGCCUAGAAAACGAAACGCGCAUGCUGGAAUUCUGUGGUGUUACUCGCCUCACACUAUCCAAACCCGAUGAGGGCUCUCUUUCUCUACUUACACGCUGCACUCUCCUCGGCAACGCGGCGUUCGCCGCACCUGGCCGUAAAAGCUCCGCUUUGAAAAGUAACAGUGCCAAGAGAAUCGAUGUUGACUUCACUGUCCGUACCCGCAUUGAUAAAAGCAAUGCAGGGAACACCAUCGGCGUCUUGGACUUUGAAAUUGACGUUCUGGCGACGAAGGUCUAUGGUUUCGGAACAGGCAGCAAGUCAGAUCUUACAGACAAGGAGUUGCAAAGCAUUCUCGGCAAAAGCCUUGGUCAGGAUAAGAACGGCGAUUUCCAGCUAGGAAAUGGCGUGUGGUGCAAGGCAGUCCGCACGCUCACGGCAUCUGUGUUUUAG